GCUGCUGCCAAGGCUACGAGUCAGAACCUGGAGCAAAUCGAGGGCUACGCCACGCGCGAGCAGCGGUCGAAAGACUUGCGCGUUGAGGUUCAAGCCGCCAAGCCUUUCGCCACUCAGGCUGAUGACAUAGCCAAUCGUAUCCAGUGUUUGGACUGCCAGAUCUCCAACCUUCAAGCUACCAUCGUGGAGGCCGAGGCCGAGAUUACCAAGCAGCACAACCUUCUCGAGGAGCAGCGUCAGCAGCUGCUCGAGAAGACUAUUGCUCGCGAGGCGCUUCAACUCGAGUACAUGGAGAUGCUCGAGAGCACGGUGCCACCGCCCGUUGCUGGCAGUCCAGGCCAAAGCGGCGAGGCUGUGGUCACGGUCUUUAAUGCCAGCCUGGAGCAGCUGCGGACUGUCAUUUGCCAGCUGGGCGAGUUCGUGCAGUCCUUGGGGCAGGAGUCGAGUGGCACUUAUGAGGGCGUCCGCAAUGCUGCUAAGCGUCUCCUCGGCAAUUUCCAGUCCUUGGCCAAGCGCCAGAAGAAGUCUGGUGCUGCUGCCUCUUAA